AUAGCUCCGGGCGUUCGCUUGACAAGAUGGCGGCGGUGGGGCGGUGUUUUCGUGUCUGAGUCCUUCUCGGGUUCUAAGGCGGGCGCGGUUCUGCUGGGCCCGGCCCGCGAGGUCUAAGGCAUGGGCUUCCAGUCUCCGGCCGCUCUUCUUUUGAGGCUUCUCCUUCUGCAGGGCGUCCUGAGGCUGGUGUGGGGGGACCUGGCUUUCAUCCCUCCUUUUAUCCGAAUGUCCGGCCCUGCGGUCAGCGCAUCCCUGGUCGGAGACACCGAGGACGUGACCGUGUCUCUGACCGUGCUGCAGGACGAGGCGGGAAUAUUGCCAGUUCCGACGUGUGGAGUGCUGAGCAAUGAGACGGAAGACUGGAGUGUGACUGUGACCCCUGGUGCGAAGGUGUUGGAAGUGACAGUAAGGUGGAAGAGAGGUCUGGACUGGUGUUCCUCCAAUGAGACAGAUUCCUUCGCAGAGUCCCCCUGUAUCCUCCAGACCCUUCUGGUUUCAGCAUCUCGUAAUUCACCCUGUUUAGCACAUCUACUCAUUCAAGUGGAAAUUUAUGCCAACUCUUCUCUGACCCAUAAUGCCUCAGAGAACGUGACUGUCAUUCCUAACCAGGUGUAUCAGCCCCUUGGCCCUUGUCCUUGUAAUUUAACAGCUGGGGCCUGUGAUGUUCGCUGCUGCUGUGACCAGGAAUGCUCAUCAAAUUUAACAGAGCUGUUCAGACUGUCCUGCUUCACCGGCGUGUUUGGAGGAGACGUCAGUCCUCCUUUUGAUCAACUCUGCUCUGCUGGGACAACGACACACAGUGUCCCUGACUGGUUUCCCUUUCUGUGUGUGCAGUCGCCCCUUGCCAACACGCCCUUCCUUGGUUACUUCUACCAUGGUGCCGUUUCCCCCAAACAGGAAUCUUCCUUUGAAGUAUAUGUGGAUACUGACGCAAAAGACUUUGCAGACUUUGGUUACAAACAAGGAGAUCCCAUUAUGACUGUAAAGAAGGCAUAUUUUACUAUUCCGCAGAUGUCCCUGACUGGGCAGUGUAUGCAGAACGCCCCCGUGGCAUUUCUUCACAAUUUUGAUGUUAAAUGCGUUACUGAUUUGGAAGUAUACCAAGAACGAGAUGGUAUUAUCAAUGCGAAGAUAAAGAAUGUUGCCUUAGGAGGCACAGUUACACCAAAAGUAAUCUAUGAGGAAGCAACUGACCUAGACAAAUUCAUCACCAAUAGAGAAACUCCUUUAAAUAACAGAUCAGCCCCCAGAAUCGUGAAUGUGGAAGAACAUUAUAUUUUCAAAUGGAAUAAUAAUACCAUCAGUGAUAUCAAUGUCAGAAUUAUUAGGGCAGAGAUUAAUGCCCACCAGAAAGGGAUAAUGACACAGAGAUUUGUAGUAAAAUUUUUAAGCUAUAAUAGUGGUAAUGAAGAAGAAUUAUCUGGAAAUCCAGGUUACCAACUUGGCAAGCCUGUCCGAGCUCUAAAUACCAACAGGAUGAAUAAUGUCACGACUUUAUAUCUUUGGCAGUCGGCUGGAAGGGGUUUGUGUACAUCAGCAACUUUCAAACCCAUUUUAUUUGGAGAAGAUGUCCUCUCUGGAUGCCUGUUAGAGGUCGGGAUUAAUGAAAAUUGUACUCAGCUCAGGGAGAAUGCUGUUGAAAGACUUGAUUCAUUAAUACAAGCGACUCACGUUGCAAUGAGAGGCAACUCUGAUUACACUGAUCUUAGUGAUGGCUGGCUCGAAAUAAUACGUGUAGAUGCCCCUGACCCAGGUGCAGACCCACCGGCUAGCAGUUUGAACGGCAUCUGCCUGGACGUUCCUGCUCGGCUGAGCAUCCGCAUUCUCAUCUCGGAUGCUGGUGCAGUGGAAGGGAUUACUCAGCAGGAGAUACUUGGCGUAGAGACAAGGUUCUCCUCAGUGAACUGGCAGUACCAGUGUGGGCUUACCUGUGAGCACAAGGCCGACCUUCUCCCUAUCAGUGCAUCUGUCCAGUUUAUUAAAAUUCCUGCACAGUUACCCCGCCCCCUGACAAGAUUCCAGAUCAAUUAUACAGAGUAUGACUGCAACAGAAAUGAGGUGUGUUGGCCGCAGCUUCUAUAUCCAUGGACUCAGUAUUAUCAAGGGGAGCCGCAUUCUCAAUGUGUUGCCAAGGGCUUACUGUUGCUGUUGUUCCUCACAUUGGCCAUGUUUCUCAGCAACCCCUGGACCAGAAUAUGCAAAGCCUAUAGUUAGACAACCACCUGGCCUUUUUUUUUUU